AUGUACCAAGACAGACAAAACUUACCAUCACAUCUAAAAGGUAUAUAUGUUCAUAAGUUCCUAGUUAGUUCAAUAGCAAUGUGGGUUUGGCCCCGUUAUGCAAUCUACAUACUUAUGCUACUUGACGAACUUUGUACAAAGCAGAGAGAAGAUAUGAUGAAAGAAGACAAAAGCAUACAGAAAAGAAUACCACGUUCGGUACCAAAAGGAAAGGAGAAGAGCUAUAAGUAUAUGAUUUACACUGAAGAGUUGGAGAAAGAAGAAGAUAAAGAUAUGGUUAUGUUACAUUUAGUCAGAAGAAACAACAAGAGCUUUUAUGACCUCGCUAAAAUAUAUAAAUCUGACAGAAACUGGUUCUAUCGUGAAAACUUACCGAUUUCAAUGACACCGAAUGAGCAAAUAAAGGAAAUUGUCAAAAAUACUCUUCCUCAAACACACUAUGACAUCAAAGGUUGCACAAUACUUACAUUCAAAGAAGACUUAACAUUACUGAAGGAAAAAAUAACAGAAUAUUUCGACAACUUCAAAGAGGAAGAAUGA